CUCUGAGGGUACUGUUUGUCCAGGUUGCAGGAGACUUGCCUAGGACUGUAGGCGAAAGAGGAGCGGAGACACAAGUGACCAAGGAGGACUGAGCUGGAUAACAGGACACGGAGCCGAGCUCACAAAUAGAGCCGUAAUUUGUUCGUACAGUUUAAACAGCGUUUUUUAAAUUUGGGAAUCUAUCUCUGCUUUCACCAUAAGAUGAAUUCACUGGGCUGUUCUUCCAAAUGGCCUUCUUACGACUCGCUGCCCUCCACCUCGAGCUUCCUCCUCAGCGAAAGUGAGCAAACCGAGGACGAGGCAGACAUCUUCUCAGAGGGCGAGGACAGCGGAACAAGGAAGUGUGGCUCGGUUGGUGACAGACUUUCUGGCCUUGAUUUUCCAACUCAUCCCGAUCACUCGAGGUCUAAACGUGACCAGUCUGAACGUUGCUCUGACAUAGGAAAACACACCGACCCGUCCUCACCCGCCGGAGCCGCCACGUUACUGUCAUCGUCAGCGACAGCCGGGGACUUGGCAUUCGCUCAGAAGUGUGCCGAUUUGCACAGAUAUAUCCAUCCGCUGCUUGAGCUCCUACAUGGAUUAAAGAGUGGGCGAUUUGAGCGAGGUUUGACCAGUUUCCAGCAGAGCGUCGCCAUAGACAGACUACAAAGAAUCCUGGGAGUUUUACAGAAACCUGAAAUGGGUGAGAAAUAUCUUCACAAUGUGCUGCAGAUCGAGAUGCUGCUCAAAACAUGGUUCCCUCAUGUGACCGUCGACGCGCCAAAACAGAGCACCGCUCCGAGAUUCACGCCGCACUGGCGCCAGAAUCAGCUCCACAUCCCGGUCAAGAAAAGAAAAAUGAGCUGGUUAGACCCCGAUCACACGACCAAGCAUAGUAACCACCAACGUGGAAAGAGCGGCGGCGACGGCCACGUUACGCCCUCGCUCGACACCGCCUCCGCGUGUCUACCCGGGUCCCCGAAAAAACAGAAAAUUCCAGCGGAGGAAACGGCCGAACCGACCGUGGACAGCUGCACGAUCGGACACGGGUUUACAGACAGGACGUGCUCUUGGAGCAGGCCGGCGUGUUUAUGCGGUGAGAGAGAAAGCGAGAAUCAGGGACAACAACACGAGAUCUCUCCGCCUUCGCCAUGUGGCAGUUUAUCUACUCAGGACAGUUCGGUGUCCUCAAGCAACACCACUACGAGAAGUAACUCACCUUAGCUGGCCUGGGCUGACCUUGCUUUUUAGAGGCAGUGGGCAGACCUGAUUACAUAAGCGCAACGUUUGCAGAGCCAGCGGAGGAGGAGAAAUGCAGAGACUGAUUAACCCCUGAAUAUCCAGCAUGUUUUAGUUUUUUUUUUUUUUUUUUUUAUGACACCAUUGCACUAUAUUACCAGAAACUGUAUGUCUGUAAAAGUCUUGCUUUUGUAUACACUAAGUUAAAAUGUGUUGGAAGUCCUUUUACACAUGUAAUGUGUUAAAGCUGUGCGUGCCCUGUUUUGUAUUUAUUCAUAUCAUUGACCGUAGCCCUGACAGUCGCAUUAUAGGAAUAUUUUGCCUCUUCAUUGAAGAAAAAAACAAAAACAACAACAACACUGUCUCUUUUCUGAAUGUGAGGAAAUUCUUGGUAAAGUUUAAAGUCCGUCAGUUGGAUGUAAAAAUGUUAGCAAACAGACCUGUUCUCCAGUAACUCAUUGUUAACCUUUCUACCAGUAUCCCGCAUUUUUUAAAACAAAAAACUAAACGAACUGAAAAAGUAAUCGGCAGCUUUAAUUUUAAAGUAAUUGCUAGUUGCUGUUCUGGUGCAGAUCGAGAAAUGUCACCGAGAUUAUAAAGAAUGUCUUUUCGGAAAGAUGAAAUGUAUUAUUUGAGCUGACUGAUUGUAGCAUGUGAUCUGACACAAUGUGCCAAACUGAACCAUUUUGCAUUAUCAUACUGUAUGCAGCGGGUUUAUUUAUUUUCCUCUCAGCACAUCAUUGUUUCGAUCUAUACAGUUUUAACAACAGACGUAGUUGCAUGUAGAAUAUGCUACAGCCUGAUUGACCAAUAUUUAUUGAGGAAGGAUGUCGUUCUCCUAGUUGCACCUUUAAGUAGAUAGCGAGUGAACUUUUAAAGUUUGAGAGACUUAAAGAUGCAUUUUAUUACAUUUUUUAAAAUUUUUUUUUAUACAAAGGUUAACAGGAAACAUAUAUUUGAGCUGAAUUUGAUUUGAUACAACUGCACUUUGGGAUGAUGAAAAGGAAAUGUUACACAUCAACAGAGUUGUGAUUUUAUUUAUAAAAGUCGUACUUGAAAACCCUUAUUCCAUCAGCAGCCUUGUGAUGCCAAUUAUUGCGUGUUACACCUGAGAUGAGUGCUUUUUUUGUUUUGUUUGUUUGUUUUAUUUGGCACCGUGUGAAAGGAGUAAAUUUAACUUACUUCAGAUGAAAGACUCCGAAUAUAGCUUGUCCUCAUGAGGGCAAAGAGCAGCUCCCGUGUCCCAUUUGAAAUGAAUUUGUAACAGUAGUCGCUGUUGUAAAAUUUGUAACACUGACCGUGCUUCACUGUUGAUUAACAGGAGGUGUGAUAAACAAAACUAUUUCCAUUCCUGGACACUUCUUUUAUUUUAUUUGAUUUUAUUUUUUUUGCGGGGUACUGCGCCACCACAUUUUCAAAAUGAUGUGGCAUCCACGUCGAGUGAUGUUUAACGUCUGUUGGUUUGUCAUCAGUCGGCCUUACACACAUAAACAUAACCACAGUCUUGCCUGAAUUUAACUCAAAACUGCACAAAAGUGUAUACUUAACCAACGAUGAUAAGAUCAUCAUUUCCCUACAUGUGUCAUCGGAAACCAAAUGUGCUGCUGCAGUUUUCUCCAGCUGCGUCGUAGGUGACUUGUGAUUUAUAAACUAUGUAUAUAAUAAUUAUAUUAUAUACUAUAAUUGUAAGAACAAGACAGAGAACAAUAGUGUCGUGUACAUUACACAUUUCCUGUGCUGGGUGACGCUUCAUUUGUGAAAUAGGAGUUGAAACUCAUGUCGCAGUUGUUUGUCUUGCUUUUAAUUUAAUUUGUGAUAAUGAAAUUAUCAUUGCUGGCAAUUGCUUUACAAAUACAGCUAUUUUUAUACAUUAAAGGAAUUACGUGGUUCAUCAAAA